AUGUCUCAAGCUCAAGAGGUUGCGAGGGCGGCACCGUCUCCGCCCAAAUCUUCUCCAAAAUCUUCCCCUAACUCGCCUCCAAACAAUGCCGAUGAUGCUACCGGCACUAUUCUUCCCGAUGAGAUUGACGAUGACGGCGAGUCGUUGGUCGGACCCGUCAGUGUAGUCUCAACUGAAUAUGCUAUGCCCAAUGAUGAGCGGGAGCUUGAUCGACUCGACUUGACGCACAACAUGUUUCUCCUCACCUUUGAGAAUAAGCUUGGGACUGCGCCACCUAACACCGAUGCUCAAGCCUCGGCUGUGAACCGGGUUCUUGACAUUGGUACGGGAACUGGUAUCUGGGCAAUUGACUUUGGCGAUGAGCAUCCCGAAGCUGAGGUCCUUGGCGUCGACUUAUCUGCAGCAUGGCCAAGUUACACCCCUCCCAACGUUCGCUUCGAGAUUGACGACAUUGAAGAUACUUGGACCUACUCCCGGCCCUUCGACUACAUACACAGUAGAGUCAUGACAUCUUCGAUCAAGAAUUGGGAGGACUAUACACGAACCUGCUUCGAUAACCUCAACCCUGGGGGAUACCUCGAACUCAACGAGAUUGAUGCUUGCCCGCAGUCCGACGAUGGUACCUUGAAGGAAGACUCCGCCAUUCUCAAGUCCGUCCGCAUGCUCGAGGAGGCCGCCAACCUCUUCGGUCGCCCGUACCACAACGCGCAGGCGCUCAAGGAGAUCCUGACAAACAUUGGCUUCGAAGACGUGACUAUUCAGAAAUACAAGUGGCCGACGAAUCCCUGGGCUAAAGACGCCAGACACAAGGAGCUCGGCGCAUGGUGCCACGAGAACCUGGUUGCUGGCUGGGAGGGCUUCUGCAUGGCACCCUUUACUAGAGCCCUGAAUUGGUCCAGAGAGGAGGUCUUGAUACUCAUGAUGCAGGUGCGCAAGGAGUUUAGUGAUAGAAGCAUUCAUGCGUACUUCCCGGUCCAUUCCAUCUACGCCAGGAAGCCUGCGGGGCCAGCCUCAGCAUGA